GCUAGAGAGGCUCACGCGGGAGCCUGGCAGUGGGGGGAAGAACCUUCGUCCGCGUGGGUCUCAUCCCUAGUCCUUGCCGCGUGAGGCGUAGCUCGGAAAUCCGAUUCGAAAUAACUCCUACUCUUGUCUAAGCUCUGAGCUCUGAGAAGCGACUGGGCCGAGUCCCCGAGCCCUCCUUGAGUUUGCACAGACGUCGUAUUCAUCCGCGCACUUUGGGGCCAACACAGCUUUGCCGGUGCCCCGCGGCUGCCACAGGGAGGCGUGUCACCUCUCGGACUGAGGCUGCGCGAACUCCAGAGUCCCUGGAGGGACGUGGUACACGCACGCCGCGUCGCCGUGGAGACAGGGGCGGGGCCGGCGCGAGACUCGUGUGCAGAGACGCGGGAAGCGCUGAGGAGGUUGUGGGCUCCGCGGGGCCGAGGAGCGCGGGCCGCGGCUGCCCACUCCGGCUGGGAGUUCGCGAGGCCGGAGUGUUCGGCUUGUCAGGUAUGAGGCCUGGUCGCAUCGUCUCCAGCCUCUGAGUGGCUCGGCCUCCUCGGUUUGGAGUCCAGCGGCGAGCGCACGUCCCUGUGGACUCUCCUCUUGGGGCCUCCGCUUCCCUCUCUAGGAGUGCAGGCGAUGCUUCCUAUCCACCGACUGUGAUCUGGGAGUGGAAGAGGUGUGAAGAGAGUGCGCAGGACUUUCGGAGCCCGCCUUCCUCGCCCAGCGCGGUCCUUGCGUCCUUCUUGCCGGGUGCUGCUUCCCGUCGCUUCUAGUCGCCUGGGCUCCGAGCGCCGUUUCCUCCCGCGCGUCUGGUGCGCUGCAGGCGAGCGCCGGUGCCUGCAUCCUUGCAAGGCUCAUUUGCAUGCGCGGAUCUGAAUCAGGAGUUUCUAGAUCCCUGCUGCGUGGCCAGGCCCGGGGCUAGUGUGCACAAACCUGGUGGACCUCAUCUGAACGCAGAGGGCCCAGCAGAUCAACAACAGUGAAGCCUCACCGGCAGCGGGAGAUAAAUGCUUCCUUACUAUCUCAUGGGAGGCAGUUCAGGUUUCUUGUCAGCCUGUGGAGAAGCAUAGUAAAUAUUUGAACGAAUGGUGUUAGGGACCUGAGUACCAGUCCGGCCCUACCUCUUGGCUAAUGACCUCAAUUAGUUAGAAAGGGAAGAUAAAAGACUUUUUGAUUCAUGAAGAAUCUGCUCACUGAGAAGUGUAUAUCAAGCCACUGCCAAAUUUCCAUCAAAAGAGAAGUAAGCAGAGAAUGCAGAGGAAGGUGGACUCCAGGUCUUUUAAGGAUGGUGCAGUUAAGAAAACUUAUCCUCCAAAGAUACUGGCCAACCAGAAGUCUUCUGCCUUCUCUGGGAUGCAGAGUGAGAUACCUAGUGCCAGUCAUCCAGUUCAGUAUCAUGCCUCACAUGGUUGGACCCGAAGGAACCGGUUACGAGAGUUGCGUAUCAGAUGCGUGGCCAGAAAGUUCUUAUAUUUGUGGAUUCGAAUGACUUUUGGAAGAGUAUUUCCCUCUAAAGCCAGGUUUUACUAUGAGCAAAGAAUACUUCGGAAGGUCUUUGAAGAAUGGAAAGAAGAGUGGUGGGUUUUCCAGCGAGAGUGGAAACUCUGUGUUCGAGCAGACUGUCACUACAGAUAUUACUUGUACAACCUGAUGUUCCAGACCUGGAGGACCUAUGUGCAUCAGCAGCAGGAGAUGAGGGCCAAGUACAUUAGAGCCGAGAAGCAUGAUGGAAUAAUGAACCUCCAUGUACCUGUCACUCAGCUUCAACAAUUACCAACUCAGACCAGUCUCAAGCCUCUGCUCUUUUUUUUUUUAAGCCUCUGCUCUUUGUAUUCAUAUCAUUUUAUCUAUGCAAGGCAAAAGAUGUGGCAGGCCUGGAAGUCCUGGCUGAUCUACGUGGUUUUUCGUAGAACCAAACUUCAGAUGCAGACCACCGCCCUGGAGUUUAGGCAGCGGAGUAUUUUGUGGCUGUGGUGGAGCCAGUGGAGGCAGCAACUGGGACAGGUGCGUGUGGGCCAUGCCCUGCUUGCAUCAGCUGUGAAGCACAGGGCCCUGAGCCUUCAGCUGCAGGCCUGGUCACGGUGGUGGGAACAGCUCCUACACGUCCAGAGGGAGAGACAGAAGAUGGUCUCCGCAGUGAAACACCGUGAGCACUGGGAAAAGUGGAAAUCCCUGAAGGCCUGGCUCAAAUACCUGAGGGUCCGCAGAGUGAAGAGACGAUGGAAUGAGAUGGCUGAGCGAUUCCACCGGGUCACUAUGCUCCAGACACACUUCUCUGAUUGGCAGUGGGCCUGGGAGCGGAAGGAGAGCUUGUACGCCCAGCAUGCCCGGGUGGAGGGGCUGGCCCGGAGGAUGGCUCUGCGGAGGGCCUUCACUCACUGGAAACACUAUGUGGUGCUGUAUGCCGAAGAAGUGGCCCAGCAGAAGGUGGCAGAAGAACACAGGAGGCGCAGCUUGCUGCACUUCUGUUUUCGAGCCCUAAAAGACAAUGUGACCCAUGCCCAUUUCCAGCAAAUAAGAAGGAAUCUCGCUCACCAGCAGUAUGACAUCACGCUGCUGCACAGGUUCUGGGACCUCUGGCAGACUCGGAUUGAGCAGAGAGAAGAGAGAGAGCAGCUCCCCUCACUGUGUGCUGCCUGGGACCGCUGCAGAAUAUCGUUGCUACGCAAGUGUAUCAGAUCGUGGUUACAGUAUACUCAGAAGAGGCGAUACAAGCAGCAGCUGCGGUCCAGAGCAGACAGUCACUUCGAGCAGAGAGUCCUGCCUGCGGCCUUCCACACAUGGAGAAGAUUCUGGCGUUGGCACCAGCAGGAAAGUGUCCUCAAUGCGAGAGCAGCACGCUUUCACAGGGAGACGUUGGAAAAGCAAGUAUUUGCUAUUUGGUGGCAGAAGAUGUUUCAGCAUCGAGAAAACCGCUUGGCGGAGAGAAUGGCCAUCCUUCACUCAGAGCAGCAGCUCCUACAGAGGUCCUGGUCCACGUGGCACCAGCAGGCAGCAGCACGUCACCGGGAGCGACAGUGGACAGCAGCGGCCUGGGCCCACCGCCGCCACCGUCAGCUCAGGAGGGCUUUCUGCAUCUGGAGGGACAGUGCCCGAGGCCUCAGAACAGAGAAGACCGGCCUGGUGCUGGCUGCAGAGUUCCACUCGGCUCGGAUCCUGCACUGGGCCUGGGGCAGGUGGAAGGAGGGCCUGGCCCUGCGCGCUGCCGAGCGGCAGAAGCUGACGCGCGCCCGCCUGCAUCACCGGCGCACCUUGCUGCGCGGGGCGCUGCGCACCUGGGCGACGUACCAGAGCCGCGUGCGGAGCGUCCUCCAGGAGGUGGCGGCCAGGGAGAGGCAGCACGGGAGGCGGCUGCUUCGGUGUGUGUUCCGUCGCUGGAGAGAGAACACCCUGGCCCGUGUGGCUGAAGCCCAGCAAACCUCCCGAGCAAGCGCUCACUACCGGCGAACCUUGUGUUCCAAGGUCCUGGUGCAGUGGCGGGAGGCUGCAUCCGUGCAGAUAUACUACCGACAACAGGAGGACUGUGCCAUCAAGGAGGCCCGGAAGGUGCUCGAUAAGGGCUGUCUCAGGACGUGUUUUUGGCGCUGGCGGGACCGAGGCCGGAGGGCGGCCGAGCAGAGAGCCCAGCUCAGGAGGGCAGCUGCGCAUCACGGCCGGCGGCGGCUGCUGCAGGCCAUGGCGCGGUGGAAGGCGCACCAUCUGGGCUGUGUCAGGAAGCGGCUCCUGCAGAGGCAGGGUGCCCAGCUCCUGGCCCAGACCCGCAGCCGGGCCUGCUUCUGCCAGUGGAAACAACAGCUGGCGAACAGGAGGCGCGAGCAGCAGGGCACAGCCCGGGCCCUGUGGUUCUGGUCCUUCUCACUACAGGCAAAGGUGUGGGCCGCGUGGCUGGGCUUUGUGCUGGAAAGGAGGAGAAAGAAGGCGCGUCAGGAGCAGGCCAUACAGGCCUACCACCGGCAGCUUCUCCAGGAGGGCGCCACGCGCCUCUUGCGGUUCACAGCUGGCAUGAAGGCCUUACGGCAGCAGCUGCAUGCCCAGCAGCAGGUGCAGGCGGCUCACAGUCUCCACCGUGCGGUCCAUCGCUGUGCCAUGCUCUGGAAACAGAAGGUUCUGGGCCAGGGCAGGGAGCCUCGGCCCCUCACAUGCACCAUGCCCAGCAGGAAAGUGACAUUUGACAGACCCCUUUCCACCUGUGUCGAGGCUGGGGCUGGGGAUGCUGCCCUGGAGACCAAGAAGCCACAAGAUCCUCAUGGGCCCCGAGGAGCUUUGGGCAGCCUGUCCCUGGCUGCUGGGGACCCCUACCUCCUAGAGCUCAAUGCUGCCCGCUUGGCAAGAAAGCAACCUCGACGCCCACAUUUCCUGCUGGAGCCGGUGCCGAGCCAGAGGCCCCUGGGGUGUGGCACCCUCGGGGGGAAAGGGCCUGAGGCACCGAGGGCAUGCGACCCGGGUGUGGCCCAGCCUGCAGGCCCUACCCUGAGGCGGCCUUUCCUGCCAGUGGCCUGGACAGCACUGGUCCCAAGCAGCGUCCUGCCCCAGCCCGGGGCCCUGCUGGGUCACCCUGGCCCAAAGCUGCCCCCCACGUUGAAUACAGGCCCAGAGCUGCUGCCCCCUUCGUCCUUCAUGCCUUGUGGGGUGCAAGCGCCUGCCAGGGCACCUGCACAGCCCACCACCCCUGGGCUCACAGCCCAGGCCUCGCCAUCCCCAGCCAGUGUCCCUCACUCCCGCCUGCUGCUUCCUGGGGACUUCACAGGCACCGGCAGGCCUGGCUCCGCAAGCGCGGGUGCGCAGCUGAAGCCUGUCAGCACCGAGGGUGCUCGGGCCACUCCCGAUGCCUGGGAUCCCUCCAUUCAGCCUUGGCCUAGCCGGGACCGUGGUCCAGAUCCAAGAGCUUGUUCUGUCACCAAGGGCCCCAUGGACCUGGAGGCAGAGCUGGAGGGCAUCCAGCAGCAACUGCAGGACUAUCAGACCAUGAAGCAGAACCUCUCGUCCUGUCAGCGGCAAGCAAGAAGCCUGCGCCGGUGGCUGGAACUGAGCCACGAGGAGCCCAGGCCGGAGGACCAGGAAGCAGAGCGGCAGGUGCAGGAAGAACUACAGGAGGUGGAGCGACAGAUUCAGCGGCUGGCCUCUGAGCUCCAGGCCCAACGCCAGCCCAUCAGCGCCUGCAUCGCCCGCGUCCAAGCCCUGCGGCGGGCUCUGUGCUAGUCACUGCCCCGGGGAGGCCUCAGCCCACCUCCAGGAA